CUCACGAGCUAGACGAGCACACCCUAAUCCAUUUGGCCUAAUAGGGUCGCGAGCUAGACGAACAGGCCAAAGGAGAUUGAGAAAUCAAAAUAUUAAAAAGUUAACAUCAUGUGUAUUUUUCCUUCCAAGGGAGAGAGGGAGUAACACGUUGACUACACUUCGGAAGGAGCAAUAAAGAGAGAGAUUCGCGAGUCUGGAAACAAAUGAGCGUGAGGGGAGAGGAAAAAGCGCUGGAGCCAUGGCAGAACCUAAACGACAAAGUCGUUUUGGUGACGGGUGCUUCCGCGGGGCUCGGCCGAGACUUUUGCAUCGACCUCGCCAAGGCCGGCUGCUACGUCGUCGCCGCCGCUCGCCGCCGUCAUCGCCUCACUUCGCUCUGCCAACAAAUCAACCGACUCUGGCCCUCGCCCGCCGGAAACUGCCGCGCGGUCGCCGUGGAGAUCGACGUCGCCGCCGAUGGCCCCGCCAUCGAUGAGGCUGUGCAGAAGGCCUGGGACGCCUUUGGACGCAUUGAUUGCUUGAUUAACAACGCUGGUGUCAGAGGGAGUGUUAAAUCACCCUUGAAGUUGUCCGAGGAGGAUUGGGAUCAUGUUUUCAAGACUAACCUAACUGGUUGUUGGUUGGUGUCAAAAUAUGUAUGUAAACGCAUGUGUGAUGCCCAGAUUAAAGGAUCAAUUAUUAAUAUUUCUUCAGUUGCUGGUUUAAAUCGGGGGCAAUUGCCUGGAGCUGCUGCUUAUGCAUCUUCAAAGGCAGGAGUCAACAUGCUGACUAAGGUCAUGGCUUUGGAAUUGGGGAAGCACAAAAUUAGAGUGAAUUCCAUAUCACCUGGAAUUUUCAAAUCUGAAAUCACUGAAAAUUUAAUGCAAAAAGAUUGGCUGAAUGACGUGGUCAAGAAAAUAAUACCUUUGAGAAAACUAGGUACUUCGGAUCCAGCAUUAACAUCGCUUGCUCGUUAUCUAAUUCAUGAUUCUUCAGAGUAUGUCACAGGCAACAAUUUCAUUGUCGAUUUUGGAGCCACCUUACCAGGUGUCCCUAUUUUUUCUUCUCUAUGAAUAAUGUGUUCAUCGUCAACACCAAAAGAAAUACUAAUAAACAAUUCUAUUAGAUAUCUUCAAAUUAUAUGAUGUGGAGUUCUGAAGUCUAUGUAUAUGGAGAAAUAUGUGGAGUGGCUAUACCCUUGAUCUUGGUCUGCAAAUGAUUUGGAGAUAUCUGUACAAAUUGUGUUACAUAACUACGUUGUUUUGCCACUGUAAAUUUGAUAAUUUAGCAGUAAUGUCAUAUGAUACAAAUUGUUGUCAGAUGAAUGGAGUUAUUACGAAUAUUUUCUUCCA